AUGAGCGUACCCUGGCGCGGAGUAUCUGUCAGCUCGGCAGCAAUCGCCGUACUAUUGGCUCUGCGACAGCCAGUAUUCUCUAGAUGUCACCUCCUAGUCGCAUUCGUGGGCGCUUUUGCCUUCCAGAUGCUGGCAUGGGGCAUCUUUGUCGUCUUCUUGUUCCCCCAGUACUUUUCGUCUUUGCGCUCGCUUCCGGGGCCCAAAGGUGAUCACUGGUUGAUGGGACAGUACCCGAGGAUCAUGCGCGAGCCGACUGGAGUGCCCAUGAUUGACUGGAUCAACAACAUCCCUCACGAAGGCAUCAUUCGCUACCGCGGCUUGUUCAACCAGGAGCGCCUCUUGAUUACGUCGCCCAAGGCCCUCGCUGAGGUGCUCGUCACCCACAACUACGACUUCCACAAGCCUGGCGCCGUCCGCUCGUCCAUCGGCCGCAUCCUCGGCGUUGGGGUGUUGCUAGCCGAGGGCGACGAUCACAGGGUCCAGCGCAAGAACCUCAUGCCAGCCUUCGCCUUCCGUCACGUCAAGGACCUGUACCCGCUCUUCUGGAGCAAGGCGUGCGAGGGCGUCCAGGCCAUCACCGAUGCCGCUGCGCUGGGUCCCAACACCGCCGUCCUGGAGAUUGGCAACUGGGCAUCGCGCACCACGCUUGACAUCAUCGGUAUGGCUGGCAUGGGCCGCGACUUUGGUGCCAUCCGCGACCCGGCGAACCCCCUGAACCAGACCUACCAGCACGUCUUCAAGCCGAGUCGUCAGGCGCAGGUCCUCGCAGUCCUCGGCCUCCUCCUCCCCGGUUCCCUCGUCCACCACCUUCCCCUGCAGCGCAACGGCGACAUCGCAAAGGCCGCCAACACCAUCCGCGCCACCUGCCGCGAGCUCAUCCGCGAGAAGAAGGAGAAGCUGGAGCGCAAGCAGCUCACCGACAUUGACAUCCUGUCCGUAGCACUCGAGUCCGGCUGCUUCACCGAGGACAACCUCGUCGACCAGAUGAUGACCUUCCUCGCCGCGGGCCACGAGACCACGGCCUCGGCCAUGAUGUGGGCCAUCUACUGCCUCUGCCUCAACCCAGAAGUCCAGUCCCGUCUCCGCCUCGAGAUCCGCGAACGCCUCCCAACACCCGGCACGCCAGGCGACAUCACAGCCCUCGACAUCGACCACAUGCCCUACCUCAACGCCGUUUGCAACGAGGUCCUGCGCUACUACUCCCCGGUCCCCAUGACCCUCCGCGAAGCCGCCGUCGACACCGUCAUCGACGGCAACAAAGUCCCCAAGGGCACGCGCAUCAUGCUCUGCCCGUGGGCCACCAACAAGGACGCCUCGCUCUGGGGCGCCGACGCGGGCCGCUUCAACCCGGAGAGGUGGCUUCCCUCGCGCGAGGGCGAUGCGGAGAGCAAGAAGGCGGCCAACAGCGGCGGCGCGACGAGCAACUACGCCUUCAUGACGUUCCUCCACGGGCCGCGCAGCUGUAUCGGGCAAGGGUUCGCAAAGGCCGAGUUCGCCUGUAUCCUCGCCUCGUGGAUCGGGCGGUUCGAGUUCAGCCUCAAGAAUAAGGAGGAGUACGACGAGAAGAACAUGACUAUCAAGGGCGGCGUCACGGCGCGUCCGUCAAAGGGCUUGCACGUGUACGUCAAGGUCGUGGAUGGCUGGUGA